CUGCAAGAUAAAAGCUGCGAAAGCAUUAGAAUCUUAUCCUACUCUCGCCAGUGACAGUAUCACUGUCUAUCCUGAAAUCGCGAUGUUAAUUCUUUUUCUACUCGUCUCUCUUGUCUCAUCGAUUAAUGCUACAGCUAUGGUAUCUCGCUCAGAGUACCCACUAUCUCAGAUCCCUGCACAUGGUCCCACAACUAGAAUAACCAUAGGCAAUAAAGACCUCGCUCCCGAUGGCUUCAACCGCUCAACAACUCUUGUCGAUGGCACAUUUCCUGGAACCUUGAUUACAGCCCAGAAGGGAGAUCAGUUUAAUAUCGAGGUGGUCAACCGACUCAACGACGACUCGAUGUUCGUGCUUACCAGCGUUCACUGGCAUGGCAUCUUCCAGAAUCGGACGAACUAUGCCGAUGGAGUGGCCUUCGUCACACAAUGCCCCAUUACGCCGAACCACUCUUUUCUACAUUCUUUCUCCGCCCAGAACCAGGCGGGCACUUAUUGGUAUCAUAGCCAUUAUUCCGUCCAAUAUGCAAGCAUAAUUCGAACCUUGCAUUGCGAUGGUCUAAGGGGACCACUGGUAAUCUAUGACCCUGAAGACCCUUUGGCAUACAUGUACGAUGUCGACGAUGCAAGUACCGUGAUCACGCUUGCCGACUGGUAUCAUACUGUAUCCCCUGAUUUGAUCGGCACUGUACCUGUUGCUCCGUCUAUGCUCAUCAAUGGACUCGGUCGCUAUGCUGGCGGACCCCAGUCUGAUCUUGCUGUGGUCAAUGUCACGCGGGGAAAGCGAUAUCGCUUCCGCCUAGUUCAAAUGUCAUGCGACUCCAACGUCCAAUUCUCUAUCGAUGGUCACAACUUAACUGUCAUCGAAGCGGAUGGACAGCUGACAGAACCUCUGGUGGUAGAUCAGCUUCAGAUUUUUGCGGCCCAGCGCUACUCUGUAGUUCUAGAAGCCAAUCAGCCGGUGGACAACUACUGGAUACGCGCUCUUCCUAGUACGGCGAAUGCAACUUACGACGGAGGAUUGAGCACUGCUAUCCUACGCUACGUAGGCGCCUCAGAGGUUGACCCAACCACGGUCAAUACGACAGCCGAGAAUCCAUUGGUAGAGACCAACUUGCAUACUCUGAAUAGUUCCGGUGCUGCUGGUACUCCAGGGUACGGGAACGCCGAUAUCAACCUCAACUUCAAUGCCUCCUUCAAUGGCUCACUUUUCGCUAUCAAUAAUGUCACAUUCGUAAACCCCACCGUUCCUGUUUUACUCCAAAUUCUUAGUGGAGCUCAUGACGCUUCUGAGCUGCUCCCAAACGGGAGUGUGUACAUUCUCGAGGCCAACAAAGUGGUAGAGUUGACGGUGUCAAUAGUCAGCGCUCCAGGUGGACCUCAUCCCAUGCACCUUCAUGGGCAUGCAUUCGAUGUCGUACAGAGCGCAGACAGCAAUACCUUCAAUUAUGUGAACCCCGUCCGCCGCGACGUGGUCAGCGCUGGGAUCAUUGGGCAACAAACGGUGAUCCGAUGGACCACCGACAAUUCUGGCCCGUGGAUUUUGCAUUGUCACAUUGACUGGCACCUUGCAGGCGGUUUUGCCGUGGUAAUGGCGGAAAGUCCCGCAGAUACUUCCGCGCAUGUGGAUCCCGUGCCAUCUGGAUGGGAUCGUUUGUGUCCACUCUAUAACCAAGACCCGGAUCCGACAGUAGCUCGCAUCACCGACACUUCCUAUGCAUAG